AUGGGCUUCCAGGUGGCGGCCGUCGUGCCAUCGCCGUGCCCGCCCUCGACUUCCUCGCGGUCCCCGUUCCUCGGUGGCGGCGGCGGCUGCGGCAUGCUCGCGAGAUCCUGGGCGCCCGGCGGUCUUGUGUCGCGCCGGCGAGGCGAGGGGCGGCCAGCGAGGUGCGCGCUGAGUGCCAGCAUAGAUGGCGUGGGCGGCGGGGACAUGGAGUUCUUGAGGCGGAUAGAGGAGCUGGCGGCGUCGGCGGGGGUGCGGACGGCGGGGUGCGGGUGGCCGCCGAGCCUGGAACAGAGCGCGAGCAGCGUCGGGCUGCCCCUGUCCCUUAGGAUUCUGAAGCGGAAGAAGCAGCAGCGGCGGCAGCAGGUGCCGCCGCGGUCGCGGUGGGACGAGCGGCUGAGCCUGGGCUCCGCCGGCGAGUCGGUGGGCCGCGCCUUCUCCUCCAUGGUGCUCAUCGUGCGGGAGCUGCAGAGCUUCGCGCUGCAGCAGAUGCUCUGCGACGACCUGCAGGCCGUCCUGGCGCGCGCCCACGGCGAGAUGCAGGACUCGUUCGUCUGGCUCUUCCAGCACAUCUUCGCCGGCACCCCGGCGCUCAUGCUCUCCCUCAUGCUCCUCCUCGCCAACUUCACCGUCCACUCGAUGAGCAACAGCGUCGCCGCCGCCGCCGUCGCACCGACCCCGCCCGCUGCCCCGGCUGCUACGGUGGUCGACACCCAGCACACCGAGCCAUCCAACCCGCGGUUCGACGCGGCUUCCGUCAAGACGUUCUCUGCUGGCCGCACUGCUUCGGUCGGUGGGGGCAGCGGGGGUGGCGGCGAUGUCCGGCCCGUCGCGGGAGCUUCCGGCGACGACCGGGGGGACGAAUCCCGCUACAGUCUAAGCCGCGUCGCACCACAGCAACUAACGCCGCUGGCGGGGACGGGCGUGGAGAAUGUCGUGCCCGGCGCCGCCGCCGUGGACGAGCAGGCCAUCUGGGAAAGGAUGGUCGCGGAGGCCUCGAGCAUGCAGGCCGAUGCGCGCGCCGACGAGUUGACGGACCCGGACGUGCUGGGGAACCUGGUCGCGCCGGUGGAGGCGGAGAUCGAGACGGAGGACGUCGGCGAGUACGCGCGGACGGAGCAAAGGUACAAGCUGGCCGUGUCCGAGGAGCCCAACAACUCGCUCAUCCUCGCCAACUUCGCCCAAUUCCUCUACAUCACGCGGAAGGACCACAAGCGGGCGGAGCACUACUUCGAGCGGGCGGUGCGGGCGGAGCCGACGGACGCGGAGGCGCUGAGCCGGUACGCGACGUUCCUGUGGAAGGCGCGGGACGACGUCGAGGCGGCGGAGGAGACGUACCAGGAGGCCAUCGCGGCCGACCCCGGCAACGCGCACUACGCCGCUGCGUACGCGCAUUUCCUCUGGAACACCGGCGGCGAGGACACGUGCUUCCCCCUCGACUGA